GUACAUGAAUAUCUUACAAAUAUGCUCUUAUCUUUAAAUUAUUAAGUUUAAGUUUGGAAACGAUUCGAUUAACAAGAUUGUAAUAAUAAUUUAUACCAAUUUUGUUUUCAUCUUUGAUCUCUUAGUCAAUUUUUUAUAUAAACAGAAUGGAGGGUAAAGAGGAAAAUGGUAUGAGUGUAGUUGACGAAUCUAAUAUCGAAAGUCGUGAAAAAUCUAAUUUAAGAGGUGGGGAUAAGGACAAAAUCAAUCUACAUGUCAGUAAACUUCGAGAGAAUCAAGAUGAGGAAACUGAAGAUGUCAAUGAUGAAGACUUUAUGAAAGAAAUGGACGUGGUUGAUGCUUGGGAAGGUGAAGAAGAUCGUUUAAAUGAAGACACAAGACGAGGGAAUCAUCCAAGGGAACGUGAAAAAAGACUUACAUCUAGGGAACGACGUAGACUUGAAAGAAGAGCCGAGAGUCGAGAAAGAGAAAGACUUAGGAAAGAAGAAAAGAAGCGAGAACCAAUCCGUCGUGAUCCAUUAAAAAGCAAUAAAGAUAUUGAACGAGACAAAAUCCGUGCGAAAAAGGACUCUGAGAGUAAACUUUUGGCAGAGAAAGAAAGAGCCAUAAAGCAUAUUUUAGAUUCCGAUGAAGUUGUUCCACCUGGAACAGAAGAAGAUGCUAUUGAAAGUAUAGUUGAGAAGCAAACACAACAAGAAACAAGUCAACGUCGAAAGAGCUUGGAAAGAUAUAAAAUUAGUCCUUCGAGGAGAAGAAGAGUAAGUCCAUACAGAAAUCGAAGAAGUCCUUAUCAAAUGACCCCUGAAAGAAGAAGAAACUCACAACAUCGUAGAAGUCCACUUAUUCUCAGUCCUGAUCGUCGCAGAAGUCCCGAUAGGCGUAGAAAAUCAAGUUGGGAUCGUAGAAACAGUACUGAAAGAAGAUGGAGCAUCGAAAGGCAAAAACGAAGAUUGGAACAACGUGAUCGUGAAUUCAAGGUGUCGAGUAGAAGGAGCCGAUCUCGCGAUCGUCACCGUAGUUCCAGCAUUGAACGACGCAAAAGGUACAGCCGAUCACCACGACGUCGAAGCCCCAGCCGCAGCAGAUCUCCAGAUCGACGCAGAAAACGCUCUCCAUUUAUCAAUGAAAUUGCUAGGCAGUUAAGAAACGAAAUGGAAGUUGCAUCUACUCUAAACAGAUAUUCAGGACCGGUAAAUGUGUCAUCUUCAUCUUUUCACAUUGAUUCUCAACCAAGACUACCUUUGUUGCCAAAUCCAAAUUUUACACCACAGGGGCCAGUAAUUGCUGGACCUUCGUCAAUGUCAAGUGCUAUUGGACCACCAGGUAUGAACGUGCCUUCUGGAGCACCUCGAAUGUCGGGACCAGCGCCAUUCAUCAACUUCGACAUACUGCCGCAAGGACAAGUGAUGAACUUUGAACAGAUGCCAGUGCAUUUAGGUCCACCCGACUUUUCACCAGCACCACCAGUGUUCGGACAACCGAAUCCUGUACACAGAACUGGACCUCUUCCUGUACCUGUUCCAAUACUUGCACCAGGACCACCGACUGGACAACUUAUUUUGGGUCCCCCGGGUCUACCAUUACCUGUUCCUUCACCACAACCUGUUCCGGCUCCUGGGAUUUCGGAGCCAUCUUCAGUCUACAAUUCAUUACGACAGCCUAUAUCUCAAAUAUCUCCAAAUCACAAUCUAUUGGAAACCAAUAAAAAUGUCAAUUCUUCACAGCAAACAACGUACCACGAUUGCAGAUCAUCAUCACCUUAUAAUAUUCAGGAGAUGACCCAGGAUGAACGCUUAAAAACACCAGAGCCACCUGUUAUUUCCAAUUCCAAACGUUUUGAAAAAACCAGCUUAUCUAGUCUCUUGGAAGCAUCAGUCUCUACAAAAGAUUCAAAAAAUUCUUCUGUCUUAUAUCCAGGAUUCCGACCAGAAAUUCUCCGUCAUUGUGAGUAUGCGUUGCGAGAUUUACCAUCGGAAGAUCCACGUUUAAAGAUGAAGGGCAGAUUUUUCUUUGAUCCUACUAAAGAACUCACGCCAAAUGAAACUGCUGAAGAAACUUCAAAUUCCAUUCUUCUUCGUAAGGGUAAAAAUAAAAUUGAUUGGGAAGAUUUGGAAGAGACUCAGUCUGCAUCUAAAUCAUCUAUUCAAAUGCACCAGAAAAUCUGUCAAACGGACGAAUUAGAAACAGCAUCAAUGGGCGUUCAAGCAAGUGUGAGCGUUGCCCACAUUGGGAUUCAAGUGUAUUCCACGGACAUACAGCAACCGUUUACUCAACAAGAAAAGAGACCACUUACUGAUCGUUUGGAUUGGAGUAUGAGAGAAACAUAUGAUUACUCCAAUAAGAUGAGAGAUUCAGAGGACUUAAGAUGGAGCUUAAGUAGCUCUCAAAAGCGAACUCCUUGGGGACGCACAAUUUCCCCUGAACGACCAUUUAAAUCUUUAAAUGAGCAUAACUUAGGUCAAAGUUCUAGUUUGACCGCAAAUAUAAAUCCAUCUAUUGAACAUUCUCGAAACUUUAAUUCAGAAUUGCCCCCUAGAGAAUCUUUUACAGGUAAUAGAGGAUCUGACCACAUGAGAUCCGGAAAUUAUGCUCAUACUUUGAAUCGCAAUUUCGAUGAAAGAAUUAAUUAUCGAGAAGAAAGAGUUAACUUUCGUGAAGAGAUGUCUGAUGAAAUACGAGGCUCAAGUCCCAUGACUACGGAUGAUCCACCUGAAGAUUUAGAUUUGGAACACGAAAAUUUCUCGAGAGAAUCUAUUGGAUCAAGUAAAGCAGCGCUUUUCUUUAAAUCUCGUGCACCCCGUGAAAUACCGAUGGGAGGACGACCACCAGCAAGAGGAAAUUUUCGCGGCAAAUAUUGGUAAAAACUCUAGUAAAAAAAGAUCACUUGAAAUAUUUGCCAUUAAAAAAACCAUUUUUCUACUUUAAGUCAUACAGUCUUUAUUAGUAACUAAAUUUAACCACCAAAGCCAUUAUAUGUUCAGCUUAAGUCUUGGAAAUUUGUUAUACAUGAUUGUAAACUCUACACUUUGUAAACUCUUGUCGAGUACAGCUUUCUGAUUAAAAAUUUGAAGCAAUCA